AUGACAAGAUCCCCCAAGAUAGUUACCAUAUUUGGUGCCACCGGCACGCAGGGAGGCUCGGUAUCUCAGUCGUUACUCCAGAACAAGGACUUCCAAGUACGGGCGAUAAGCAGGGAUCCCGAAUCUCCGCGUGCACAGGAGCUUGAGCGUCUUGGCGCUACUAUCGUGAAAGCGAACGGCUGGGACAAGGAUGAGAUUGCGGACGCCUUCAAGGGCUCGUGGGCUGCAUUUGUCAACACCAAUUCCGACGAUCCUAUGUUUCUAGACAAGCAAGGCCCCAUGGAAUCUGAUCUGGGCAAGACGAUAGUUGACGGGUUGAUUACUGCUGGUGUCAAGAACCUGGUAUACAGCUCCUUCGUCUCAGCCAGCGAGUUCACCGAUGGUGCAAUACCCAUGAAAACAAUGGAUGAGAAAAAUCGCAUCGAGAAGUAUGCCGUCGCCUCGGGACACUUCUCCACCGUAGGCUCCAUCCACGCGGGGUGGUACAUGGAGAACUAUCUCAAUAAGGAAGUCGCCCAAGUCAUGGGUGGCUUCCCAUUUUACGCGGAUGAAGAGGGAUACAAGACACUUUACAUGCCGCUGUGGGGCAAGACGCGCAACACUGGAAUUCCCUGGAUAUGCAUACGAGAGGAUUUCGGAGAUCUCGUCCAUGGCAUGCUUUUGGAGCCGGAAAAGUAUCAUCAACGGCCCGUUCCCGCGAUCAGUGAAAUUCUGUCGUGGGAUGAAUUCGCGCGUGUCUUCGAAAAAGUGACCGGCGAAAAAGCUCGAUAUGUUCCUAUACCUGCGGGGGAGACGUUGGCUCCUGGGGUCAGCGAACUAGAUGACCACCGAGAGCUCUUUCGGUUUGGCCAGACAACAGAUGGGAAAUAUUUUGGGGACGUCCCGGGAACAACUGAUAUUGCGGCGACUUUGAAAAGGGCUGCUACUUUAGCUCGGGGGAAAAGUGGAUCAGAGGCUCAUCUGACGACUGCUGAGAAGUGGUUUAGGAGCAACUAUAAGGCAAAGGCAUGA